UUCAUAUAGAAUUCCAGACAUGGAAAGAAGAAAUCAGACCAGCAUCUAUGAAUUUCUUCUCAUGGGACUCUCUGAGCGGCCAGAGAAGCAGCCUCUCCUGUUCGGGCUUUUCCUGGGCAUGUACCUGGUCACCAUUCUGGGGAACCUGCUCAUCAUCCUGGCCAUAGUUUCUGACCAGCACCUCCACAACCCUAUGUACCUCUUCCUGGAUAAUCUUUCCUUUUCUGACAUUGGUUUCAUCUCCACAAUAAUUCCCAAGAUGCUAUAUAAUAUUAGCUCAGGAAGUAAACUGAUUUCUUAUGGUGGGUGUCUGACACAGCUUUAUUUCUUUGGCCUAUUUGCAGAUCUGGACAACUUUCUCCUGGCUGUGAUGGCACUUGACCGUUAUGUUGCCAUCAGCCACCCCCUCCAUUAUGCCAUGACCAUGAACUCCCAACGGUGUAUCCUGUUGGUGGCUGGGUCAUGGAUGGUCACUACCUUCCAUGCCCUAGUGCAUACCCUCCUGGUAAUGAGGCUUUCUUUCUGUGGCCCCAAUAUCAUCCCCCAUUUCUUCUGUGAUCUGGUCCCACUCCUGAAUCUGGCUUGCUCCAGUACUUAUGUUAAUGACCUGGUGCUCAUCCUUGUGGCAGGAACACUGCUAAUUGGACCCUUCAUCUGCAUCCUUACAUCUUACUUUUAUAUUGCUUUGGCCAUCCUAAGAAUCAAUUCCACAAAGGGUAAGCAAAGGGCCUUCUCCAACUGCACCUCCCACCUCUCUGUGGUCUCUCUGUUUUAUAGCACAGCUAUCGGGGUCUAUUUAUGUCCUCCAUCAUCCCCCUCAGGUGGAAAGGACAGAGUCUUCUCAAUAAUGUACACAGUGGUGACCCCCAUGCUGAAUCCCUUCAUCUAUAGCCUAAGAAAUAGGGAUAUGAAGGGGGCUCUGGGAAAACUACUCAGAAGAAAAACACUCUAA